CAAGCGCUCCCGAGCAAGAACCUCUUGUGACAGAGCUUUCAGUCUUAGAGAAUUAUAUUCCUCAAAAUAUUUCUCAGCUGAAAAAACGUUUGGAGGAACAUACACCAUCUGAGACACCUGUCACUGAGGUCUGGCCCAACAUCUUCUUGGGAAAUGAAGAGACCGCAAGAGACCGAACCAAACUCAAAGAGAUGGGUAUUACCCACAUCUUAAACGCAGCAGCAGUGAAGAAGAAGUUGAGGGUCUUGAUGGGAAUGCCAAAAGCGAAAGACCUGAAUGGAAAGAUUAAUACAGGGAAGAAAUAUUACAGAGGCAUGAACAUAAAAUAUCGUGGCUUCCCUACAACACACAGAGAUGGCUUGAACAUGGGCAGGUACUUUUUACCAGCUGCCAAAUUCAUCCACAAGGCCCUGAGGAACCCAGACAAUAAGGUGUUCAUUCACUGCAGUGAUGGUGUCAGCCACUCACCUACACUUUUGCUGGCAUAUCUGGUGAUCCAUCAUGACAUGACGGUGGAGGAAGCCAUCGAUCAGGUUAUAAAGGUGCGACACAUCAAGCCCUCCAUGAGCUUCCUGACGCAGCUGAUGUCCCUCAAUGCUGAACUUGUGGAGCAGCGAAAACAACCAGGCAGCAAAGUGCUACUAAAAACAUAGCACAGACUAUUUAAUAAUUACUAAUACUUAGACUAUUUGCACAUG